GCAAGGAAAACGGUUUCCGUUGCGGUUGAAAUGAAAUCAAUUAAAACUGAGGCGGAGGCAGCUGACGGAGGAGGAGGAGGAGGAGGAGGAGGAGGAGGAGGAAGCAAGCAGAAUGUGAACAAAGCUGGUGGUGGAUCAUACGGUUAUGGCGGUUACUUAGAGACGAGCAAAGCUGAGAGAGCCAUGUGGCUUAUGAAGUGCCCUCCUCUCGUUUCCCGUUGCCUCGGCGCCUCUCCCUCAUCCGACCCCUCCCGCCCCGUCGCCAAGGUCAUCGUUUCCAUCGAUCCCCUCAACAACUCCGACAACUCCUCCUCCGAUGACUCUCCUCCCCAGUUUACUAUGGAAUUGGCUGCGACCGAAGCUGGGAAUAUACCCAGAUGUUUUGCUAUGGAUAUGUCUAAAGACUUCAUUCCCAUGUCUGUCUUCUCGGACACACCCCAAGGAAAAAUAUGUGUGGAGGGAAAGAUACUGAACAAAUUUGACAUGAGACCCCACAAGCAAAGCAUGGAACUUUAUGGGAAAAUAUGCCGUGAGAGGACACAGAAGUACAUGGUCAAAACUAGACAGAUACAGGUUAUUGACAAUGAUAGUGGGGCUCAUAUGAGACCGAUGCCUGGACUAUUCACCUUUUCAUCAUCUUCUGGACCCAUUGAAAAGAAGAAAGCUCCAGCUAAAGCAACAGAAACGAAGAGAACAAGAAGGGACCGUGGAGAGAUGGAAGAAAUUGUGUUUAAGCUGUUUGAACGGCAGCCAAAUUGGAGUUUAAGAAAUCUCAUACAAGAAACCGACCAACCUGAACAAUUUCUGAAAGAUAUACUUAAAGAUCUGUGUGUCUACAAUAACAAAGGAACUAAUCAAGGCACUUAUGAACUGAAGCCAGAAUACAGAAAAGCCGGGGAUUAAGCAACCUUAUGUUAUGCUUAUUAUCAAUUUGUUAAGUCUCUUUAACCAAAUAUAGGUUACUCAUUCCCGUUUGUCCAUUCAUUUUGGAGUUGCAAAAUGGAGCCAGUGUGCUUCUUGUUUGUGCAAUUUCUUUAAACAUGAAUUGCCUUUCAGUGAACUAUCAUAAGGUUUGAUAUUUGAGUAUAUCCUUAUAAAUGUUUUCUUCCUCUUCUUUAUGA